AUGGCAACAUUCGCGCGCCCGGUCGCCUCGACCAUUAAUGCGGUCGACUUUAAUGUAUAUUCCGAGGAAGAGAUUAAAGCUCUCUCGGUGAAACGAAUUCACAAUACUCCAACUUUGGAUUCAUUCAACAACCCUGUUCCUGGUGGUCUGCAAGAUCCUGCUAUGGGAGCAUGGGGUGACCAUGUAUGCACUACUUGUCGCCAGAACUCUUUUACCUGUACCGGACAUCCCGGACACAUUGAGCUCCCAGUACCCUUCUACAAUGUCACUUUCUUCGACCACAUCUUCCGUCUUCUCCGAGCCCAAUGUGUGUAUUGUCUUCGCCUGCAGAUGGGUCGCAACCAGGUCAACAUGUAUACCUGCAAACUGCGCCUUUUGCAAUAUGGUUUGAUCGAUGAAGUCGCUGUUGUUGAUACUAUGGGAUCCGUCAAGGGUGCCAAGUCGAAGGCAGCGAAGGGCAAGGAGCAAGAUUCAGACAACGACGACGAACCUGAUGAUGAAGAUUAUAUGAAAAAGAGAUCUGAUUAUGUCUCUCGAUGCAUUCGGGAAGUCAAAAAGUCGGGCAAACUUGACGGAUUGAUGGGUGGUGGCCUAAACCCUAUUGCCGCAGAAGCCAGACGAGAGUUGGUCAAGACCUUCUUAAAGGAAAUCAACUCAUUCAAGAAAUGUGUUAACUGCAGCGGUGUGUCCCCGUCAUACAAGAAGGACCGCUACAACAAAAUUUUCCGUAAACAAUUGGCCGACAAAUCGAAGCUGGCAAUGCAGCAGGGAGGAUUCCAGGCGAAAAACACCAUGAUCCUUCUUGACGAGGAACGGAAGGCUCGGUCCAAGUACAGCAGCGCUGAAGCUGUACAUGGCGCCGAGGAAGAAAUCCGCCUUGGAGCGGCUGUCAUGCAACAAGAGCAGGGAUCAGCCAACGGACAAGAGUUCAUGUCUUCCUCCGAAGUCUAUGCAUCACUCCAUUUCCUCUUCCAAAAGGAUAGCGAGGUUCUGCAGCUUGUCUAUAACUCUCGGCCUGUGCCCAAGGGGGUGACUGUUGUGUCCGAGGACAUGUUCUUUAUCAAGAGCCUUAUGGUACCGCCCAACAAAUUCCGUCCCGCGGUGCAACAGGGUGCUGGAACAGUCAUGGAGGCACAGCAGAACACUUCGUUCAACGCGAUUCUGAAGGGCUGCGAUGCUAUCAACCAGAUCAGUAAGGAGAUUGCAAACGAGGAGGAAAAGACGAUGUUUCGGGCACGGAAUUACAGUGAUCUCCUCCAAGCUAUGGUUCUGCUUCAAGAUACAAUUAACGGUCUGAUCGAUCGUGAUCGCACCUCUGUCACCGGAUCCGCUGCCAUGGCGCAGCCCAACGGUAUCAAACAGAUUUUGGAGAAGAAGGAGGGUCUUUUCCGAAAGAACAUGAUGGGCAAGCGUGUCAACUUUGCUGCCCGUAGUGUUAUUUCGCCCGAUCCCAACAUUGAGCCCAAUGAGAUCGGUGUCCCCCUCGUCUUCGCCAAGAAGCUGACCUUCCCUGAACCUGUGACAAAUCACAACUUUUGGGAAUUGAAGGAAGCUGUCAUCAACGGCCCUGACAAGUACCCUGGUGCUUCCUCCAUCGAGAACGAGAACGGCCAAGUCAUUAACCUGAAAUUCAAAAACCUGGAAGAGCGGACAGCACUUGCUAACCAACUGCUCGCACCAUCAAACUGGCGCCAAAAGGGCUCGCGCAACAAGAAGGUUUACCGUCAUCUGACCACUGGUGAUUACGUCUUGAUGAACCGUCAGCCCACUCUGCACAAGCCCUCCAUUAUGGGUCACAAGGCCCGUGUUCUUCCCAACGAGCGAGUCAUUCGCAUGCACUACGCCAACUGUAACACCUAUAACGCCGAUUUCGAUGGUGAUGAAAUGAACAUGCAUUUCCCUCAAAAUGAGCUUGCUCAGGCAGAGGCUAGAAUGCUGGCAGAUGCCGAUCACCAAUACCUCGUUGCCACAUCCGGUAAACCUCUGAGAGGUCUAAUUCAAGAUCACAUCUCGAUGGGAACUUGGGUCACGUGUCGUGACACCUUCUACGACGAAGAGGAUUAUCACCAGCUACUGUACAGUUGUCUGAGACCUGAGCAUUCACACAUUGUCAGUGACCGGAUUCAAAUGGUUGAGCCUGCCAUGCGCAAACCAAAGUGUCUGUGGACUGGAAAGCAGAUCAUCACAACAAUCCUUAAGAACAUCCAGCCAGCGGAGCGGGGGAGCUCGUCUUCCACCCCCGGUAAACGAUGGGGAGAUGACAAUAACGAGGAAGGAAAGGUCAUCUUUAAAGAUGGAGAGUUCCUAUGCGGUAUUCUCGAUAAGAAACAGCUUGGUCCCAGCGCCGGAGGUCUCAUCGAUGCUAUUCAUGAGGUUUACGGAUACAGCACCGCUGGAAAGCUUAUUGGCAUUCUUGGAAGACUUCUCACUCGCGUCCUCAGCCUGCGAGCCUUCAGCUGUGGUAUCGAUGAUCUUCGAUUGACCAAAGAGGGUGACCGUAAGCGCAAGGAACUUUUGGCCAAAGCCCCCCAACUGGGUCGCGAUGUUGCCCUGAAGUACGUGACUUUGGACAAGGCUCCUGGUGAUCAAACUGAAGAGUUGAACCGGAGAUUGGAGGAGGUUCUUCGUGAUGAUGAGAAGCAGCAUGGCCUGGAUAGCGUUUCCAAUUCCCGUUCCAACCAGCUUUCAUCUGAAAUCACCACUGCCUGUCUUCCACAUGGCCUUGCUAAGCCUUUCCCCUGGAACCAGAUGCAGUCUAUGACGAUAUCUGGAGCCAAGGGAACUGCUGUUAACGCCAACCUUAUUUCUUGUAACCUUGGUCAACAGGUUUUGGAAGGUCGCCGUGUACCACUCAUGAUUAGUGGAAAGACACUUCCUUCUUUCAAAGCAUUCGAAACACACCCUAUGGCUGGUGGUUACGUCUCUGGUCGUUUCUUGACUGGUAUCAAGCCCCAGGAGUACUACUUCCACGCCAUGGCUGGUCGUGAGGGUUUGAUUGAUACCGCCGUCAAGACCUCUAGAUCCGGAUACCUGCAACGUUGUCUGAUUAAGGGUAUGGAAGGCUUGAAGGCUGAGUACGACUCCUCGGUUCGUGAAUCCUCAGACGGCUCCAUUGUUCAGUUCCUGUACGGAGAGGACGGUCUCGACAUCACCAAGCAGGUGCACCUCCACAACUUUGAUUUGCUCGCCGAGAACCACGUCUCCAUUUCCAAGCAGGUUCAAGCCGACGAUUACCACAAGUUGGCAAAGAGCGCUGUCUCGGAUUGGCACAAAGAUGCGAUGAAGGCGGUUCGCAAGACCGGAAAGGUUGAUGCUAUGGACCCUGUACUAUCUCUAUACCCCCCUGGAGGAAACCUGGGCAGUACAUCUGAAGCAUUUGCGCAGGCACUCAAGAAGUAUGGGGAUCUCAACGAGAAGAAGCACCUCAAGGAUAAGAAGAAGAAUAUUGAGGGCAAGGUCACCAAAAAGACAUUCGAGGCCUUGAUGAACAUGAAGUACAUGAAGUCUAUCAUCGAUCCUGGUGAGGCGGUUGGAAUUAUGGCUGGUCAGUCCGUUGGAGAGCCGUCUACGCAGAUGACCCUCAACACUUUCCAUUUGGCUGGUCACUCGGCAAAGAACGUCACACUGGGUAUUCCCCGUCUACGUGAAAUCGUCAUGACAGCAAGUGCCAACAUUAUGACCCCUACGAUGACUCUACUUCUGAACGAGGAGAUCUCCAGUGAGGACUCACAGAAAUUCGCCAAGGCUAUCAGCAAGCUUACCAUUGCUGAGCUGGUUGAUAGCGUGCAAGUGAAGGAACGCAUUGGCUCGGGUGUUGGCCUCUCGAAGGCUAAGAUCUACGAUAUUGAGAUCACUUUCUUCCCAUCUGAAGAAUACACCGAAGAGUACGCUAUUGAAACCAAGGAUGUGUUGGUUGCUUUGCAGUCCAAGCUCAUUCCUCGACUUGUAAAACUCACCAAGAUCGAAAUCAAGAAGCGUCUCGACGAGAAGAAGGGUGUCAAGGGCACUACUUCUCAGCCUGAGAUCGGUGUUUCAGUUGGAAAGAUCGCGGAGGCACCGAGAGGCGCCGACUCCGAGGCGCAACCUGCCGAUGACGACGAGGAAGAAGACGCGGAUGAUGCCAAGAGAGCCGCCGGAGCCCAGAACAGGGGCAACCAGGUCUCCUACGAAGGACCCGACGAUGCUGAGCAGGAUAUCAUUGACCGCCAAGACACGCCUGAUGAGGAAGAUGACGAGGAAGAAUCCAGCAAGCCCGCCAAACGUACUCGUGACGUGGAAAUGAAGGACGGAUCUGAGUCAGAGUCAGAGGAUGACUCUGACGAUGAGGUCGCCCAAGACAGCAAGGGCCGCGAAGUCGACGUCAUGGGCAAAUUCGAGGAAAUCUCCAAGUUCAAAUUCGAUCCCAAGAAGGGAGGCUCUUGCAGCAUCCAGUUGCAGUACGAUAUCGACAGCCCUAAGCUUCUGCUUCUUCCUCUGGUUGAAAAGGUUCUCCACCUUUCUGUCAUCCAGUCCAUCCCCGGAAUGGGCAACUGCGUCUACGUCGAGGCUGAUGAGGCCAAGGGCGAUCCUGCCAACGUCCUCACAGAUGGUGUCAACUUGCUCGCCAUGCGUGAUUACCAAGAUAUCAUCAAGCCUCACUCCAUCUACACCAACUCCAUCCACGACAUGCUCAACCUGUACGGCGUUGAAGCCGCCCGUGCUACCAUCGUCCGCGAAAUGAGUUCCGUUUUCAAAGGUCACGGUAUCUCCGUUGACAAUCGUCACUUGAACUUGAUUGGUGACGUGAUGACGCAGUCUGGUGGAUUCAAAGCCUUCAGCCGUAACGGCCUGGUUAAGGAUGCUUCAUCCGCUUUUGCGCGUGCCAGUUUCGAGACUACUGUCGGCGCCCUGAAGGAUGUUGUGCUUGAGCGUGGUGUUGACAACCUCAAGAGUCCUAGUAGCAGAAUUGUUGUUGGCCGUAUCGGUACUGUCGGUACUGGUUCCUUCGACAUUCUUGCUCCUGUAGCAUAG